AACAGGUCCAACUGUUUCUGAGAGUCUCGCUUUUGAAGGACAUUGAGGAUUCGACGAGCACCUGAAGCAUCCAGCCAUGCGAGCCACGCUGCAACGGAGCACUUCGUACAGCACAGGCAGUACUGCAAGUGUCCAAACUUCAGCUUACAAGAUGAUGAUGAACUCGGAUUUUUUGUCCUUGUUUUCACCUUCUCAUGAGUUCUCAGUGUUUGGCAAUGAAAAAUCUGCUAUGCAGAAUCUUAACGGACGUCUGGCGUCAUACAUAGAGAAGGUGGUUUCCUUAGAACGUGCGAAUCUCACGCUUGAGCAGAAAAUCAAGGCGUUUUGUGAAAGCAGGGUCCCAUCUAGCAGCAAAGAUCUGAGUAAAUAUUACAUCAUCAUUGAAGAUCUCCAGAAACAGAUUAUUGCUAGCACCAAAGAAAAACAACAGAUUGGCACAAUGCUGAGCAAUGCUGAUCUUGCAGCUUCUGACUUUAAAAUGAAGUAUGAGGCGGAGAAGAACAUGCGUUUGAUUGUGGACGCAGACUUGGCCCGGUUGCGCACGGUUUUCAGGGAGAUGGAGCUGAAAGCCAAAGACCUACAAAUCCUGAUGGCUGACUUUACAGAAGAACUGGUUUACCUCAAGAAGACCCAUGAGGAGGAUCUGCAAAUGGUUCGCACCCAACAGAGCGGCGCGGUGAAUGUGGAGGUCGACUGCGCUCCAGCUGUAAGCCUCGAUAAAGAGCUGAGUGAGAUGCGAGAGCAGUAUGAGGAACUCAUCCAAAAGAACCGCAAGAAAAUUGAGGAGUGGUUCCAGAAGAAGGUAACAAAUUUGAACAUUGAAGUGAGUCAAAGUCAUACUGAGAUCACGAGUUCCAAAACGGUCGUCAGUGACCUGAGAAAAAGCUACCAGUCCUUGGAGAUAGAAAUCAACAGCGUUCACACACUGAUCCAAAACCUGCAGAGAGACCUGGAUCAGGUGGGGGGACGUUACAGCGAGCAGCUUUCACAGCUGCAGCUGUACAUCGACCGACUACAGACAGAGCUGCAGCAGAUCAAUUUGAACACUCAGCAACAGGCCACAGAGUACCAGAUGCUCCUGGACAUCAAAAUGAGGCUGGAGCUGGAGAUUGCUGAGUACAGGAGGCUGCUGGAGGGAGAAUCACAGAGUACCCACGUCUCUCAGACAAAGACGACUACGUCCGUGACCGAAACAGUUAAGGAACAGAAUCAGAUUGAACAGAUUGAAGAAGAGGAACAUCAUCUCCGUCAGAGGCGGGUGAAGAUUAUCGUAGAAGAGCUGUUGGACGGAGUGGUGGUGUCCCAUAAAGUAGAUGAGAAGGUGCAAGACCUGCAAAACUGAAGAGAACAUUUCUCAACAUGAUCAUAUUGCUAUACAAGUAAUUAUAUAGUAAUAAUAAUAAACAAAAUAGUAAUAAAAAUAAUUCUUCUACAGUUGCUGAUCAAAAUAAUAAAAAUUAGAGAUUCAUAAAAGUUAAACUUUUUGUGUUAUUGUGAUGCUUAUUAUAAAUAAAACGAAAUGCUUGGUCUUUUGGGGUUAUAAGGGAACAUAUCGUCAUGAAUAAAAUAUACUGCUUAGCCACUAGGUGUCAUGUUUAUCAAACAAAUGCAUUAGGGCCUCAGAAACGUGGGCAGUCUGUGUGCAUGAUGUAAAAUAUACGCUUUACUUUUAUUAGAUUUUGCUAAAAUAAAAUGAACUGUGCAAA